CGAGCAACACUAAGGAUUUAGAUCAAAUCAUUUUAAGCAAAUUUCAGGUGUACCGCAGGGCUCGGUCCUUGGGCCCCUUCUUUUCAUAGUUUUUAUUGAUGACAUUAUUGGCAAAAGCACAGAAGUAAAAUGUAUGCUGACGAUUUAAAAAUGUUUGCUGAAAUAUGGAACUUUGUUGAUUUCACAGCUUUACAAAGUUGUUUAGCUGAAUUAUUGCUAUGGUAUACUAAAAAUUAUUUGCAUUUGAAUCCUGGUAAAUGUAGUGUUAUGACAUAUACUAGGAAAAAAUCAUAUUUCACCUUUGAUUAUCAGAUCAAUGGCACUGUGUUAAGUAGGCCGGAGUUUAUAAAGGAUCUGGGAGUCCAUUUUGACAGGGAAUUAACUUUCGCAAGGCAUAUUGAGCAGACAGUUAUGUGUGCUUCACGGAGUCUUGGUUUUGUAAUUCCAAAUUCCAAACAAUUUAAAAGUAUACAUACAAUGAAGCUUUUAUAUAUUAGUUUUGUUAGAUCUAGACUUGAGUAUGCGUCAGUUGUAUGAAAUCCAUCACUUAACAUUUAUAGUAG